AUGACGACGACCAAUGCGAACGAGCUGGGAAAGCCCACGGGCGAGUACCGCCAGUAUCUUCCCGACCUCAACAUCCCGCGCUUCGAGGUGAUGUGCACCCAGGAUGCGCAUGAGUAUGCGCAUGCCUUCAAGACCGGCAAGCAGCCCCCGUGGCUACACGCUCUGUAUAUGCACUGGCUGGAACUGUUGCAGGAGCCGUUCAAAGGCGUCACCACUGAUGGCAAGGUCCGUCCGGAUCUUUUCACACUCCAGGAUGAAGACGUUCCCAUCCAACAGAUCGUGGACACCACCCAGACCAUGCUGGGCCUGCUAGACGACAAGCAGAAGGAGGCUGUCUGCUAUCAUAUUGACUCACCCCAGUGGCGCACCUGGUCGAACCCGGAGUUCCUUCUGAGCCACAAGGGCGUCCGCCUCGACGAGGUAUCCACGCAGAUCCGCGACGCCGUGAUGAACAUCCUGAAGGCAACCCUGUCGCCAGAGGGCUACGACAAGGCCGUCAAAGCCAUGCGUAUCAACCACUUCCUCGGCGAGCUAGUCAAAUCGCCGCGCGUCAUGAACGAGUUCUCCUACAACUUCGCGCUCUUCGGCCGGCCAUCCACCACCCGGCCCUGGGGCUGGUCCUUCUACGGCCACCACCUUUGCCUGAACAUCUUCCUUUACAAGGGCCAGAUCAUCGCUUCACCGUGGUUCACUGGCGCUGAGCCGAACGAGAUUGAUGCCGGGCCCUAUGCUGGCACGCGCAUCAUGCAGGUUGAAGAAAAGCUAGGCCUGGAGCUGAUGCAGUCACUGUCGGCGGAGCUGCAGACUAGCGCGCGCGUCUUCGCACAGAUGAAGGACCCGGCCAUGCCGCCGGGCCGCUGGAACAAAGACGAUCAGCGGCACCUGUGCGGUGCUUACCGUGACAACCGAGAGGUGCCGAACGAGGGCAUUCUGGCGUCGACGUUCAGCGAGGCGCAGAAAACCCUGAUGUACGGCAUCCUGGAGCAGUACUUGCUCUAUCUGCCCGCGAAGGCACGGGCCAUGAAGUUGGAGCAGGUGCGGCGGUUCGAGUCGGAGACAUACUUCUGCUGGAUUGGCGGAUUCGGCGACGAGGAUCCGUUCUACUACCGCAUCCAGAGCCCCGUCAUCCUGGUCGAGUUCGACCACCACUCAGGUGUGUUCCUGAACAACGAGGAGCCCAAGAAGUUCCAUAUCCACACACUCCUGCGCACUCCUAACGCUGGCGACUAUGGACAUGCGCUGCGGGCUCAGAUCCCAGCUAUUGAGGGUCUGAAUGGAAAAGAGAUUGUUUGGUAG